UUUCCGGCGCUGUAACAGUCUCCUUUUGCCCUCUUAUUACCACCCUCUGUCCUCAAUAUGUGGUCCUUUUCUGAAGCGUACACCUUACUGUGAGCAUCGUGCAUCUCCCUGACCUUCGACACAUCGUCCCAGCUGCAGCUCCACCAUGAACAGAACAUCAUGUGUUUCACUGCUUCAUCUCUCCAGGGUGGGAUACAGACUUUGUGCAGCCAAAGCCCCUUCCAUCCAGCUUCCACACACCUCAACAUACCCCCCUGUACCUGGCACACACUCUUACUCCACCAACGUCAAGGUGCGCUCCUAUCUUCAGUACAUGAAACGCAAGAUCAAAUCCUCUUCCGGUCCUCCGUACAGUCAUGUGUGCCAGGUAGGAGACCCAGUGCUGCGGUCCCAUGCGGCCGCUGUUGACCCUUCCGCUAUAACAGGCCCUGAGAUCCAGCAGGUCAUCAACACUUUGGUGACAGUGAUGCGGAAACUUGAGUGCGUGGGACUGAGCGCGCCUCAGAUAGGAGUGCCACUCCGCAUACUGGCCCUGGAAUAUCCUAAGAAAAUGUUGGAGGAGAGUUCGCCUGUGUCGAGGGAGGCCCGCGGUCUGUCCGCCCAGCCCCUGAGGGUCUUUGUAAACCCACAGCUGAGGGUACUGGACGGACAGACGCUGGUGUUUCAGGAGGCUUGUGAGAGCAUUUCAGGUUUCUCUGCCACAGUUCCUCGUUACCGUUCUGUUGAAGUGUCUGGUCUGAAUGAGAAGGGAGAAGCAGUGGCUUGGCAGGCCAGCGGUUGGCCGGCUCGCAUCCUCCAGCACGAGAUGGACCACCUUGAUGGGGUCCUCUACAUCGACCGCAUGGACAGCAAGACUUUCAUCAACAUCAACUGGCAGUCAUACAAUGAGUAGUUGGUCCCCACAGAUCCUCAGGACAAACCACCAAUAUUUAUAUGAGGACCUGCACUUUGUCAAUGAAAGCCUCUACACUUGCUGUUGGGAGCAUGCAGUGUCUGCUGAAUCCUUUAUGGGACAAAUGGUCUGGCUCGCAGAAAGGUGGGCUUUUUUUGGUGACUGGUUUCAUGGGACAUAAACUGCCAGAAGCUGAAGGGCUUGGAAAAAAACAAACCAAUUACCUCUUAUCGGUUUAAAAGUGCAAGCCAGGAGUUUCUGUGGACCUUGGGUCUGUGUUUGAUGAGUAAAGAGACUGAUAUGUUCAUGAUCAAAUCAGUAAAGACCCUUGUCUGCCACAAUAACAAUAAAAAGAUACCAACAUGGAACUACUUGGUAAAGAUUAUUUCCCAUUAUUUCCUUAGGAAGUUCAUUUUCUUCAAGUACAAGUGCUUUACAAGAUUUACAAGAACUUCACUGACACUGGUCGUUCUGGCAGUUUUACAUGAGAAUUUGAAAAUGGAUGAAUCUACAUCAAGGAUGUCAAAUGUAUGGCCUAUGGGCU